AUGCUCAAGUUGUGGAAAUGGUACCAGAAUUGCUUGGCGGUUCACCCUGUUAAGACACAGGUCAUCAGCUCUGGCUUGAUUUGGGGUGUUGGUGACGUAGCUGCUCAGGCAGUUACCCACUACACUGCCAAGACCCAUGACACAAUGGAUGAGGAUGACAAUAAAGAAUUAAAGAUCAACUGGAAACGGGUGUCUACGACCAGCUUGUUUGGGUUAGGAUUUGUUGGCCCUGUUGGCCACUACUGGUACGAAGGUUUGGAUCGGUUUAUAAGAUUGAAACUCAUGCUUAGACCGAAUUCCUUCCGGUUUGUUGCCACAAAAGUUGCUGUUGAUGGGUUUAUCUUUGGACCAUUGGAUUUACUGGUGUUUUUUACCUUCAUGGGCUUUUCUGCUGGAAAGAGUGUUCCUCAAAUAAAAGAAGAUGUGAAGAGAGAUUUCCUCCCAGCCUUUGUUUUAGAAGGGGGCAUAUGGCCAAUUGUUCAGGUUGCAAAUUUCAGGUUUAUACCUGUGAGGUAUCAACUCCUUUAUGUUAACUUCUUCUGCUUGUUGGAUAGCUGUUUCUUGUCUUGGGUUGAGCAACAACAGGAUGCACCUUGGAAACAAUGGUUGAAAUCAUUUCUACCUUUGAAGUAA